ACUGUCAAACUCGUAAUGUCACUUGACUAAUCGUUGAAAUAAAAUUUAACCUCGAAGUCUUGUAUUUCUUGUAAAAUUUCUUAGUUAAUCAACAAGUUUCACAUAAAAGUUUAUAUAAAACUUGAAUAUUAUAUUUUCUUUUAUCAUUAUCAAGUGAGAUAUUUAUAAAAUUGCCGCAUUUUUAUAUCAUAUGAACUGAGUAAAAACGGAAGAUGGGGAACCUUGUUGCCAAUCGAAUGGAAACUUGAAAUAUUUUUUAGAAAAAAAAAGAAUACUUGGUAUAAUUUCUAGUACCGGUUUGUUAAUAUAAUUUUUUAAAUAAGCAUAGGCCCCCCAAGAGAGUCUUGUAUAAAACUUUCGCGAUCGUGUGAUAUAAGAAAAUUUUUUUUUUGACAGUUUCGAUGCUGUCUCGUGUACUUACUCCAAUUUCUUUAUACAUCAGACAAUGUCUGAAAGCAGUGAAUCUGAAGAAUUUUUCGACGCAGAAGAUGAUACCCAUCAUAGAUCGUCAAGGAGAAGUAAAACUCAUCAACCGGCUCCUGUUGAACCACAGGAUGAGAAGCCGGAGGCAAAUAAACAAAUUGAUGAUCAUGUAUUCGUGAAACCCGUUGACCCAAAGCCUAUUCCAGAAUCAAGAAGUCAAGUGGGCUUAGAAACAAAACAAAAUGCCGAGAAAGCUGAUGAAAAUGAUAAAGGAACAGACAAGAGUGUCGAGAGACGAAGAUUUCGUGAAUUACGUCAACGAAUGCAAACAGAGGACGAUGAUAUUCCAAUUAAUAAUUCACCGCCCGAUAGUCAAACAUCUUCCAUUGAGGGUGUUUAUCCAACGCCUUCAAAAACAUCACAUCCAUUUAAAAUUAUUGAACACGAUACAUUUAGUUUACAAAGUAUGACUUCCUUGGGUCGUGUUGGUCGACUUUUAGCUGGCACAUCGGACACUGCAUCAAAUUAUCAAUAUCCAUCAAAUGUUUUAUCACGUAGCAGUCAAAUGUCAUCAAUAGCAAGUAUUUCAAGUAAAGAUGAAGAUGUUGCAUCGGGUAAAGUUUCACAAUCUUCCAGUAGUUUAACACUAUCGGGUGAAAUGCUUCAGGAUUCGAUAAAUGGUAAAUCAAAUUGUUCCACAUCAUCAUUAGGUGAUAAUAAACCCGCAUUACUUCAGGAGCCAGAUGUUAUUGCGAGUACGAAAAAUAAUAAUAUUAAUAAUAAUAACAACAAUAAUAAUAACAAUAAUGGAAAGUCAGCUGAUUCACAAAAUGGUUCCAUUCCAAAAGUGCCCGUCGCACCUCCACGACGAAAAAAGAAAACGAAAAUACAAACACCGACUGAACUCAGUGCCCCUCCACCAAAGGAGACUGUGGUAUCUACGUCGCCAUUACCUAGUCCUGCGAGUACCAUUGAAUCAAUCACUAGGGACCUUGAACAUUGUCUUGAUAUUCGAUCAGCUACGAAAGGGCAAUAUGUAGUAAAACCACAGGAUGAGGAUAAAUCGCGAGCAGAGGGACCUUCAUCGGAGGAAUUGGAAAGAAUAGAAAGAAUGAAAAUUGAAUUACUAAGUAUUCCUUCAAGUGACAAAUCAAAUAGUCCAUUGGGAUCAAUAUCGAGCAAUAGUGUUGGUCGUUAUUCUUUAGGACCUCAUAAAUUAACCGGUUUUAAUCCUCAUGGUUCUAAGGAAAGGCGCAAAUCCGCUGGUGAUCAAGAUAUGGUUAAACAGCUCAAUAUGCUUGUAAGAACACGAACAGAUUCUGGAAAACGUCUCACUGAUAUGGUAAUAAUUAGUGAAAUUUUGGAGCAGGUAACUGUAUUGAAUUUGGACACAGGUGAAAGAGUGCCACUGAGUAUUGCUGAAGAUAAAUUACCACAAUGUGUAAAUCCAUUGUCGUUGCAUAUAAUGAGAUUAACGUCCGAGUACAUAAGUAAUACCAAUUUAGAAAAAGAAAAAGAAAGUGAUGAGGAGAGUGUCGAUAGUAAAAUGUCAAGUUUACCACCGGAUGAAGAAUUAUCAGUUGGUCGUGUACGUAAGAGGACACAAAAAUUAAAGAGACUUUUAGGCUCAACAGUGAAGAAAACAAUGGAUAAAGCAAAAUCAAUUGCCCAAGAAGUAUCACAUGCAAGACAUAAGGAGGAUGUAAUGGAUAUUGUCGAUGAAGUGAAUCCUGGCGAACAACAAUGGAUUAAAUUGAAAGCAUCAAAUAGUCACAAGGGACCUUAUGAAUUUGGUAAUUUACAACAUGUUCAAGAUUUAAGUGGUGAACACGUUGGUCCAGUUUGGUGUAUGAAAUUUUCCGCAUGUGGACGAUUAUUGGCAACGGCCGGACAAGAUAAGGUAUUGAGAAUUUGGGUAUUACGUGAUGCGUUCACUUAUUUUCAGGAUAUGCGCACGAAAUAUAAUGCUGAAAAAGUGAGUCCAACACCAUCACAAGAAUCAUUGGUGUCACAACAAUCGAUGGAGGAUCCAAAUGUGAUAGCGAGCGCCUUUAGUGAAAUUGAAGGUACCAAGUGUCCUUUUAUGCCAAAACCAUUUUGCACAUACGCUGGACAUACAUCCGAUCUAUUGGAUGUAUCAUGGUCGAAAAAUUAUUUUAUUCUUUCAUCAUCAAUGGAUAAAACUGUUCGUUUAUGGCAUAUAUCGAGAAAAGAAUGUCUAUGUUGUUUUCAGCAUAUUGAUUUUGUCACUGCUAUUGUAUUUCAUCCGCUUGAUGAUCGUUUUUUCCUUUCGGGUUCAUUGGAUGGUAAAUUACGUUUAUGGAAUAUACCGGAUAAAAAAGUUGCCGUUUGGAAUGAAGUUGAUGGGACGACAAAAUUAAUAACGGCGGCAAAUUUUUGUCAAGAUGGACAAUUUGCUGUUGUUGGCUCAUAUGAUGGUCGAUGUAUUUUUUACAUCACUGAUCAAUUAAAAUAUCAUACGACAAUUCAUGUGCGAUCGACGAGGGGUAAAAAUUCAACGGGUCGUAAAAUAAGUGGCAUUGAACCAAUGCCGGGUGAAGAUAAAAUAUUGGUAACAUCAAAUGAUAGUCGCAUUCGUUUAUAUGAUUUACGUGAUUUAAAUCUCUCGUGUAAAUACAAGGGCUAUGUGAAUGUGAGCAGUCAAAUAAAAGCAAGUUUCAGUCCCGAUGGACAAUAUAUUGUUAGUGGAUCGGAGAAUCAAUGUAUUUACAUUUGGAAAACACAUCAUGAUUAUUCAAAAUUCUCAAGUGUUAGACGUGAUAGAAAUGAUUUUUGGGAAGGUAUUAAAGCACAUAAUGCUGUUGUGACUUGUGCUGUUUUUGCACCAAAUCCAGAUACAAUUAUUAAGCAAAUUGAGGCACGUGAACAAAUUGAUAAUAAGCAAGAUUCAAAAAAUAUUGAUAGUAUCAUUUCACAUGAUACGCCUGUUGAUCCAGUUGUUGAACAACGUACUAAAGGUUGUGGCGGUCACGUUCUUGUCAGCGCUGACUUUAACGGUUGCAUUAAAGUGUUCCUGAAUAAAACAAAACCAAAGCAUAGUUCUUUACCAGCUUCUGCUCUCGCGUAAUUGACGCUAUAUUUGUAAGUAACAAAAAAAUUGGCGAAAUUUUAAUGGGAAAAGAAAUAUUGUAUAUCUUUUAAAUAUUUCAAUAAUUUUCAACAUUUUUCAUUAAAAUAUUUUUUAUCCCAUUAAAAUAUCAUAGAAUGAUCAUCCUAGGAUGUUAAAAUAUAUUUCGAGAAAAUUGUUUCAGUAGAAUUUGCAAUUUUGCAAAUAAAACAAAUUGAAAAUGUUGUAAAUACAAAGAGAGAAAGAGAGAGAGUAUUUUAAACACAAGCUUUGAAUCAUUUUUCCGUACGCAUAUAUCUAAUUAAGUAUUGGAAGAAUAUUCUUUUUCUUUUGUUUUCUAAUUAUCAAAGUUAAAGUUGAUCAAUAUUUAUCAAUCAAAUUCUAUUAUAAAUUUAAUUUAUGAAAAAGUUUUAAUUGUAAAUUAGUUUUCUAAUUUUUCAUAAGUGGGAUUUUUUAAAAAUUGAUCAACUUUGUCUGCUUGUGCCAUUUGUUUUUGUUGUUUUUUUUUUCUUAAUCACCAAAUAUUUAAUAAAUGAAAGUUCCAUUUUUAUCAAUAAUAUUGACGAUAAAUAGUUAGCACAAUUAUUGCAAACAGUGGUAUUAAGGAAUUAUUAUAUAAAUAGGCUCUGCUGAAAUGACGCAUACAUCGAAUAUUAUUAAAAGAAAAGACCAUAGAAUUCAAAAAAGAAUUUUUUCAUUUUCAAAAUUUAUAAGAAAUGGGUCAAACAAAAUUGUGAAUUUCAAAAAAGAAAUAUUUUUUGAAUUUUUAAAAUAAUUCUCAAACUUUUUAGAAGAAAAUUUAAAAAUGUUUUGCAGAAGAAAUUUUUAAAAUAAACGACCAGAAAAUUUUAUUUGAAUUAUUUCUCUUUUUUGAAUUAAAUUUAAAAAUUUUAUCACGUAAAAAAAUUGCAGUAUUAAAAAUUGUGUCAUUAAUUAAAAUUAUAAUUUCUGAAUUGCAUACUUAUUUAAUAUCUUAAUUAUUUGAAUAUCACUCCAAAAAGUGAAGGGAAAUAAAAUACUUUUUAAUCUACGGCCUUUUCGAGCUUUUUUUGAAUAAUCAAGCAAAGCUUCACUAUUUUCAGUAAUUUUUUGGGAACUAGAUAGUAAUAAAUUUACACAAAUUAAUUAUAAUAGGAUAAUAUAUAUAUAUAUAUAAAUUAAUGGAAUCAGGUUCACGGUCGAUGGUUUAACAAAUAAUUUUCAGUGUACUUUUUUUCAGACAAAAAAUAUUUUCUUUUCUUCAAUUCUACUGAUUGCGUUAAAUAGAAUAACAAUUUUUUUUUUUAAUUAUUUCCCAAUUUAUUUAUAUAAAUAUAUAAAUUAAGGAUACGAUGAAUUUUAUAUUAAAAAAAAAAAAAUCGCGAUAACUUAAUAUUUAGUAAAGUGUGAUUAUUUUGUAAUCAAUUUUUUCUAUAUAACAAAUUUUUGAAGUUAUGAUAAAUAAUUGAAAAUAUUAAUUUUGCUUUUUAUGCUUAUUCAUUUUUUUGUGGUGAAAAAAAACGGUUUUACUUUUUGAUCCUUAUAGUGCAAUGUACAUUUUAUUCUUUUGUGUACUAUUUUUUUUUGGCACUGUUUAUAAUAAUACACUGUCAAAAAUUUAUUUGAUUGAAAUAAUUUGUUAGAAUUGAUUAUUAAAUAGAAUUUUUUGUAUUUAUCUUUCUAAAAUUGUAGAAACAGUAAAAUAUUUUUUUAAAUUUUUUAGCACAUUUUGUGGAUUUAAAAUUAAGCAGAAAAAUUGUUUAAUUAUAGUGAUUUUAAUAUUUAUUAAAAUUACAAAAAAAAAGAUUUUUUAAAAUUUCUUUUGAAUAGAUUUUGAAACGAGUGUGUAAUUGAAUCAUGUCAAUUAUAUAAAUUUCAAAUAAAAAAAAAGAAUGUAUAAAAUCAAAAUUAAUGUUGAGUAACGUUUAGUGGACUGAAGAUCUGAAACAGCAUUUUUUAAAAUAUGUUAAUGUCUUUGUUUUUAAAUUCAUAGGCAACAAAAUAUAUGCAUGUAAUUUCUCUCUUUUAAAAAAAAUAAUAUUUGCAUUGAAAGCAGUCCAGUUCAAUAUUAAAUAAUUUCUGCUUUGACAUUUAUAUAUAAAUAUAGCAAAAAGAAGCAAAAAAAAAACGUUUUGUAAUCACUUCGAUUUUCCGUAAAAACGGAGAAAAUCGUAAUUACAUAUAUUAUGCUAAUCAAACUGAUUAAUUAAUAAAUACCGAUGUAUUUAAAUUAAAAAAAAGAAAAUUAAAAUACAAAAUUAAAUUUAGAAAAAGAAACAGUAUACGGCGUAUGAAAAAAAUUUCUUUUGUCAUCACUUAUGUGUGCGCUGUAAAUAUUAUUUAAAAAGAAAAUUAAUGUAAAUAUGAAAAAAAAGAAAUUAGGUUUAUUGUAAAAACAAAAAGAAAAAAAAAUAAGAAAACAACAAAAUUGUAAUUGUAAAUAUUUUUAUCGGCGUAGUAAGAAACUUAUUGAAGAGCGAGAUUAUUGCCAUUUCGUUUUGUGGCGUGCACAAAAAUAAUAAUUUGUUAUCUUACAGUUCCAUACGUUAUAUUAUAUACAAUAAAUACAUUGUAUUGUCACAUUAAAUGUGUCUAUGUUUUUGGGUUGCUGACAAUAAGCGCUAAUAAACCUGAAAUAUAUGAA